AUGGGACCAGCAAUUCUAGACAUUCCCCCAGCCAAGCUGCUCAGCAGCCAGGACCAUCUUCUUCCCGGCCAGCUCAAAAUUACAACCUUCUUCUUCCAAGUGCCCCUCGACUAUGAGAACCCCUCUGCGUCGUCCAUCCAGCUCUACGCUAGGCGUGUCGUGAAGCAUGAGUCGCCCAUCUUCCCGCCCGACGAGGAAGAUGCCCUGAAAAACACCAAGCCCUACAUGAUAUACCUCGAGGGCGGCCCUGGCUUCGGCAACCGGGCACCAGCCGACCACCCCGUCACGAGGGCGGCCCUGCCUCGCGGAUACCAAGUCCUGUACAUCGACCAUCGCGGCACCGGUCUCAGCACGCCCGUGUCAACAGCCAUGCUCGCCAAUGUUGGCGAUGCCGAUGCCCAGGCCAAGUACUUGCGUCUGAUGCGCCAGGACAACACCGUGCGGGACUGCGAGGCUGUCCGGAAGCUCCUGACAGCAGGCUGGCCCGAACAAAAGACCCAGUGGUCUACCUUUGGCCAGUCCUACGGCGGCUUCAUCACCCUGUCGUAUCUGUCCAUGCACCCGGAAGGUGUUCGGGAGUCCUUCCUGACGGGCGGUCUCGCCCCUGUCGGCAAGACAAUCGACCAGGUCUACGACGCGACGUUCCGCAAGACGACGGAGCGCAACGAGCAGUAUUUCGCCAAGUUCCCCGAGGACGCCCGUGUCCUCCGCCAGAUCGCCACCUACAUCGAGGGCCAAGGGGGCAGGAUCCCCCUCCCGGCUGGCGGCUUCCUGACCGUCCAGCGUCUCCUGACAAUCGGCAUUGCCUUUGGCGGCCACGGCGGAUUCGACACUGUCCACAGCACCCUCACCACCCUCAAGGCAUCCCUCGACCAGUUCGGUUUCUUUACGCGCGCUGCCCUGGCACCACUGGAGUCGUUUACCCCCUUCGACACCAACAUCAUCUACGCCAUUCUCCACGAGGCCAUCUACUGCGACGGGCCCCGGGGACCGUCCAACUGGGCGGCAAACCGCGUUGGCAGGAUCCUCGGCGGGCCCUAUUCAUGGCUUAACCCGGACUUCGCUGCAGCACAGUCCACCGGACCGCUCUACUUUAGCGGCGAGAUGAUCUUCCCCUUUCACUUUGAUACCUACCCCGAGUUGACACCCCUUCGUGACGUCGCCGAAAAACUGGCAACUUACACAGACUGGCCGGCCCUGUAUGACGAGGCGCGUCUGCGGAACAACAAGGUUCCGUUUUACGCCGCCUCCUAUGUCGAGGACAUGUAUGUUGAAUACCACUUGGCCAAGGACACAUCGGAUAUGGUCAAGGGCAGCAAGGUGUUUGAGACAAACGUCAUGUACCAUAACGCUGUGAGAGCCAAGGCUGAUGAGGUGAUGCAUCAGCUGUUCAGCCUGAGGGACGACGUCUUGGAUUAA